GAGAGGAGACCGUGAACGCAGCGUGAAGCCGUCGGACCUGCCAGGUGAGCUUCUCCUGACACCUGACCUGAGAUCAGUGGGAGACUGGUAACAGUACUAGGAAACGUGUGGCAGGUGCUGCUCCCUGUUUCGCUCAGAAAAGCACAGGAUUAUAAAAAGCAGUUGCAGAGUCCUGGUCCCAUGUCGUCGGGAGGAGUUGCUCAUUCCGCCCGGUUUGACAGGGUGCGGGAGAUCCCUUACUAUGACCAGGUUCCGGUGGAAUCCUACAGUUGGUACCCAGAUUUUGCCGGGGACCCUCCGCCUUUGCAUGGAGCAGUGCCGGCUGUCAGCCUAGACCCCCUCCCGCCGCCCCCUCUACCUCAGCAGCCAGCUGUUGGUCCGGACUCCUUUGACUCCCCGUACAAUGACGGGCCAGUGGAGGCUGACUCUGAUGCCAUGGACAUCAAGCCAGUGCGCCGCUUUAUCCCAGAUUCUGUCAAGAACUUCUUCCGUCGCAACAGUAGUAAACGUGACAGCAAGGGUUUUUCCAUCCCACCAUCUCAUUCCCCCGCACCCUCCUCCAAGAAAAGUGCCCAGUGUCACACCACAGCAGGAGUCCCCUGCUCACCCCCACACUCAGCCCCUCCGUCUCCCUCCCUUCCUGGCUCCUACCGGGAUCCCUAUGGAGGCUCUGGGGGCAGCUACACCUCUCAGAAGGAACGGGAUGGGCUGCUGCUUGGGGCUGAAGCCAUUGAAUCUGCAUCUGCAGUGCCUACUAAUGUGUCAUCCCAGACCUACCAGGAGCGGGUAGAAGAAUACCACCAGCGGUACGCAUACAUGAAGUCUUGGGCUGGUCUGCUGAGGAUUCUGGGCUGCGUUGAGCUGCUGAUUGGAGCUGCCGUGUUUGCCUGUGUUUGUGCUUAUAUUCAUAAGGACAGUGAGUGGUUUAACCUGUACGGAUACUCCCAGCCCCAGCUGUAUGGCGGCUAUGCAGGAGCAUAUGGUGGAUAUAAUUACUACACUGGUCCCAAGACUCCGUUUGUCCUGGUGGUGGCUGGUCUUGCGUGGAUAGUGACCGUUAUCCUGCUUGUCCUUGGGAUGACUCUGUAUUAUAGAACCAUUCUUCUGGACUCUUCUUGGUGGCCACUCACAGAGUGUUCCAUCAACCUGGUCUUGGCCGUGCUCUAUUUGGCUGCAGCGAUAGUGUAUGUGAGGGACACAACUCGUGGAGGAAUGUGCUACAUGCCGGUCUUCAACAGUGGGCCGAAUGCAGCCUUCUGCCGAACCGAGGCCGGACAGACAGCAGCCAUCAUCUUCCUCUUCCUCAACAUGGUGAUUUACUUCAUCGGUGCAGGCGUUUGUCUGAAGCUGUGGAGGCACGAAGCAGCCAGGAUGAGGAGGGAGGCUCUGGCACAGGAGAUGAAAACAGCUGGAUCCUCAGUUCUUCUGUCUAUACUAGCUUCUAGGACCUCAGAGCAGACUCCUCUCCCCACCAUGCAGCCAGACAUCAUGGAUGCCCCGAUGGAAUCUGCAGCCGCUCCUCUCAUGUCCCUGCAGCCUGAGAUCCUCCGAGGUCACAUACCAGCUGGACACAUCCCCAAACCCGUCGUCAUAGCAGACUACGUAGCUAAAUACCCCAGCAUCCGCUCAGAUGAAGAGAGAGACCAGUACAAAGCUGUGUUCAAUGACCAGUACGCUGAGUACAAGGAGCUGCACAGGGAGGUUCAGGCCAUGGCCAUGAAGUUUGAAGAGAUGGAUGAGAUGAUGCAGAACCUUCCCGUCCGACCUUCCAGCCAAAUGGAGAAGGAACGAAUCGAUAACAUUGUGAUGGAGUAUCAGAAGAAAAAAGCUGACCCGACAUAUCUGGAAAAAAGGGAGAGAUGUGAAUACCUAAAAAACAAGCUCUCUCAUAUCAAACAGAAGAUUCAAGAGUACAACAAGGUCAUGGAGCAGAAUGACAGCAGCUAAAGGCUGCAUCUCACGUCAGGUCACCACCGACCCAAACACAGUGAGCUCAUGUCCAACCGAACCUUCUCCACCUUCCCACCCGAGAAGAUGCUUCAGUACUAUCGCUGGACCUCCCCCCCAGGAGUCAUGAAGAUAAUGAGCAUCAUCAUCAUCAUCAUGUGUGUGGCUAUAUUUGCCUGUGUGGCCUCCACCUUUGCUUGGGACUAUAAUAUGGGUGGCCUAGUGCCAGGAUUAGGGUACGGCGGCUCCUACGGCGGCUCCUACGGCGGCUCCUACGGCGGCGCAGGCUCCUAUGGCAGCGGCAGCUAUGGGGGUGGAUAUGGAUAUGGAAUGCAGAUGGAUCCUGUUGCUGGCAAAGCCUUCAUGGUCACCAUGGCAGCCCUUACCUUUUUAGCUGCGCUUGUGAUUUUUGUUUUGGUUAUUUCGAGGCAAUCGACUGCUCGCUCUCCAAAGUUCUACCUGGCUGCCAUCAUCAUCUGUGCAAUCUUGGCUUUUUUGGUCAUCAUUGCCACUAUUGUGUACAGCGUGGCUGUGAACCCAACAGCCCAGUCCUCCGGUUCUGUGUACUACAACCAGAUCGUCCAGCUGUGUGCCCAGUACCAGACGGAGCCCCAGGCUCAAGGCAUCUUCAUCAACCAGUAUAUGUAUCAUUACUGUGUGGUGGAUCCCCAGGAGAUCAUCGCCAUUGUCCUGGGCUUCCUGGUGUUUGUCGGCCUCAUCAUCCUGCUGGUGUUUGCAGUCAAAACCCGCAACCAAAUGAGGCGCUGGGGCCCGCACCGCAUUCUGUGGGACGAAAUUAAAGUCAUCAAUGUUGCUCACACCAGUGUUGGAGAGUGGGUCAACAACGUGUCUGGUCGCCCAGACAUCCUGCUGAAUCAGCACAACGACCAGGUUGGAGGCUCCAGAGACUAUCUGGACCAGCUGGAAAGCAACAAGCCUCUUUACCUGCCAGGAGACUCAGACAUCAGCAGCUCUAUGGGAGGCCUGAAGCCCAAGCAGUGGAUCAGGGACUAUGACACCGGUGCAGAGUCUGGAGACGACCUGGAGGAGGAGGACUUCUCCCAUUUGUUUCCUUCUAUUGUGGAUGAGCAGGAGCGUUUGAACUACAAACGGGAGUUUGACCAGGAUCACAAAGAGUACAAGAACCUGCAGCGAGAGCUGGACGGCGUAAACCAGGACCUGGCUCAGAUGGACAGAGAGCUGGAGCUGUACCCUUCAGGCAGCCCGCAGUUCCUGGACGCCUUGAAUAAAUACAACAAACUGAAAAAUAUGAAGAAGACCUCUGACUACCAGAGCAAGAAGAGGAGGUCUAGGUAUCUCCGGUCUAAACUGUCCCACAUCAAGAGGAAGGUCAGCGAGUACGACCGCCGACCGUGAACCCGCUCACAUUGAAGGAGUCCGACCCACUGUGUAUUUCAGUACCAGCGCUCGUCAGGGGAAUGAAGGAUGUGUUUUUUUUACUAUUGUCUCGAUCAGCGUCUUUCAUCAAGGACUGUUUUACAGCAUAGUUGAAUUUGAGUUUGAUUUAUUUUCUCCUUGACUUGAACAAAGACGCAUAAGAUGCUUUUUACUGUAGCUCGGUACUGGACUGUAUUCUGUAGCUUUAAACUCCAGCUGAACAGGUUUUGGACUGGUAUAUCAUUUUUACAAAGCAUUUGUUGUAUAUAAUUACUUUUUUGUGAUGGAAUUUCUGUCCUUGUGAUUGUAUGUUCUUUUUAUUGAAGUCUCUCAUGUAAUAUAUUACAAAGUUUUGAUGAUCGCACUGUUGUUUAUGUCAUUAACAUUUUUAGUACUGUGAAUUUCAUUUAUUAUCCUCCUCGAAUUCAUUAUAGCUGCUUUAAAUGCAAGUAAAUAACUCCUCCCAGCAUUUUGCAAUAACUCCUUCCUGAUGUAUUUAAACAUAAAUACAACUUUCUGCUCAUUUGCAUAUUAUUCCGGAAAAAGGAAGUAAGUUAC